AAGAAACAUUUGAGUUUUGCUGUGCUGCACGCAUUGGGCGCUUUGUCUGCAUCUGGCUAUUCUUGUGAAUCUUCCUACUAUCCGGCGGCAAUAAUUGUUACAAGGCGCAGACUCAUAUAUAUUCAACCUCCUCUCCUUCUACUUGUGUACCUGUAUACAAGUACAUCCCUGCUGACGGUCUUGAGUGAAGUCUCUUUGGCCACCUGUCAAUCCUUCGGUCUCGGCCCAGGCCUUCUCGCUUUAAUAUACACACGACACCCUCCCGCCUCAUUUCCUCUCUCUUCCUCAUCUUCUUUUCUCACUACAUCUUCUCCUUGUCUCCCUGUCUCCCUUUCUCUCUCUCUCUCUCUCUCUCUCUCUAUACUCUCGUUAACCUCUCCAUCGAUUGACCUCUGUUACAACUAUAUACCCCCUCCCUCGAACCUCAAUAUCCUCUCCUCCCUCCUGUCUCACCAUGGAAUCGCCAUUGUCCGACUCGUUCACCUUCCCCGGGAAUCGCUUAAUUUCCUACCUCCAGACCUUGACUGAAACCAAGAAGGGCCUCCCUCAUAAUAUUCCCGUCUGCGUCUGUGCCUCUCACACUAUCACCACCACAAAUGCCCUGGUCCAGCUGGCAUCGUCCAUUGGUCCCCACAUUGCUAUUCUGAAGGUCUUUGCCGACAUUAUUGACGACUGGUCCGACGACACGGUCCGUCAAUUGAUCGCACUGGCCAAGCAGCACGCCUUCCUAGUCUGGGAAGGAGGUCGCAUUCUCAACUCGACUGUUGAAGUUACUGGCACUUCGGAGUCGAAAGAAGUGAGAAAUGAAUUGGUGGAUUUGGUCCGGAGAAAAUACACCAAGGGCGUUGUUAAGACCGCUGCUUGGGCGGGGAUUGCGACCGCGUGGGCGUCUGGUGUUGCCGAGGACAACCAGGAAGCCGACAUUCUGAUUCCGGCCCUGAAAGCGGCCGCGCGGGAAACUGUUGCCAAUACUACACAAACUAUCCGGACAGAAAUUACGGCUGAAAAAUCGCCGAAUGGCCGUCCGGGCCACGAUAACGCUGAAGAUGAUGACCCGCAACAUCUCACCUCCGACUACGUUGUCGUCGAUGAUGAGAACCUAGGCUUACCACCACGGAAAGCCUCUACAAUCUCUCUUACUCAGACUAUCACACAACACACCGAGGACUCGACAGAAGACUUUAUUUCGCUCAAGUCCGACAAGUCUGAGGUGGGAGACCACCUUUCUGUAAAUGGCGGGCAGAAGCGACCAUCCAUCACCCCGGAUGACGAUGCGAUUCCUCCCCCUCCACUCUUGGCGCGUGGGUUAGUGCUGUGCUUGCCUUCUGAAUAUACCGACGCUUUUACUACGGACUACAGAAGAAGUUGCAUAGCUGCCGCUCGCGCCAACCAAGAUUUCGUCAUUGGAUUCUUAUCGGCAGGGCAAUGGCAUCUUGUGUCUCAACAAGAGGACCUUCUGGAUAUGGACAUGCCUGAAUAUGACAACGACUUGAUUCAAGAACAGCAGCCAGUCAAUGACUGGGACGAAGAUAAGCCCUAUCACCUUGCUGUGUUCUCGAUCAUCUCCCACCGACUCAACCAAAUGCAUGGCAAGCACCUCGAGGAUUACAACAGCGAAGAUGAGGACAACAAGCCUUUGAGCCCUACUACGCCUGUAGUCAACACCUCGUCUGCCGACGUGUUCAACCCAUUGUCAACGAAACUCGAAUCGAUCGUUGGACAAGCGUUGAAGAUGCGGGAUGCUAUCCACGAUGACGACGAGGUAACAAACGAACAAACGAACAAUGACACAAGGAAACUACCCAGGGUUAUGCACAUUCCUAUUGUGUCGUUACCUUGAUUCUCUUUCCUUUCUUUUUUUCUCUUUUUUGGAUAUUUUACUUCUGUCAAAGUAAAUACAUAUUUUUCAGCCAUCCUUUAUAAUUUUUUUUUUUUUUUCUU